AUGACCAAAUUCCACGCGAAAUUGUACGCUCGCGCGUCGGAAACACGGAAAAUCGCACAAAUUCGAGCGGAUUUCGCGAAAAAACAUGGAAGAGCGCUGGAAAUUUCAGCCGAAUAUUGCUAUCAUAUAAUCGGAACGGAGGUCGGUUUUUGAUGUGAAAAGUUGAAAACCACUCAUUUUUCAGCCCGACUUUAUCGAAAUCAACUGGGAAAAACUGAAAAUCCUGCUCUCGCACUCGCCGUUCGAAAUUUCCGUUUGGAAAAGUUCCCAAUUUUCGCCCGCCGAAAAAAAUGGGAAAAUCAUUGAAAUCGGGCCAAGAACGGCCGUGAAAACUGCUCAGUGCACCAAUAUUUUGAGCGUUUUCGAGAGUGCCGGCAUCAAAAAUACGGAGAGAAUCGAGAAAAGUGUACGCUUUUUUCUGUCGGAAAAUGUGGACGACGAGACGUUUUUCGAAGUAGCCGCCGAUAAAAUGACCGGUAAUUUCUGCAUUUUUCGCCAGUUGGUACCAACCGGUACCAGAACAUGGGCUGUGUCGAUUUACGCGGCGGCCGAUUAAUUAAUUUUCAACGGGAGUUCGCGUUCCUUCCAUGUUUUCUGUACAAUACACCUAUUUUUUCGUACGCCUGGAACCUGGAUUCGAAUAAUUAGAGCACUAGCUACGUUUUGGUAACAGAAAUCUCACAUAUCGUUGAGAAUUAGCCGAGUUAUUUCGAUUUGAAGGUUUUAGCCUGGAUUUUGAUGUUUUUCGAAUAGUUUUCGAAAACUGCUCAAGAAAACUAACCGCCGGAACCUGAAUUUUGUAAAGAAAGAUCAUGCGAACAUUUUUAUCGUUCGUUGUGCUCAUGAAAUGCAAAAUGAGCUGAAAUAUAAAGGUUUGAAGUUUUGACGAAAUGCGAAAAAGACGCUAAAAACAUGAAAAACUCUAAAUUCUGUAAAGAACGGUUUCCAAUCAGUAAAAUAUUGUUUUCUAGACGUUUUUCAAGUCAAAACGAAAGAAAUAAAGGUCGUAAACUCGAAUUGAACUGCAUUUUUAGACCUGCAAAUUUUCAAAAGUUACAACGACACUCCGCAAUUUACGAGCGCACUCGCAAAGAGACACCUGUUUUUUCAAGUUUCUGGGAUAAUGCACCGUUUUUCCUCAAAACUUUUGCCUCACGUUUGUCCAUAUGACCGAGUGUUCGUGUAAAAAUGAAGAUUUCACAAUUUGGCUUGGAAAAACGCUCCGUUUAAACGUGUCGCUAAAGGUCAUUUUUACAACACAAAUAUUUUCAGAAUCGAUUUACCCGACAGACGUGCAAUUCGACGAUGCUCAUCUCGUUGAAAAAGUGUUCGAAAUUGAUGUUUUGGCGUCUAAAGACAAUCUGAUCAAGGUAAAAAUGAAAAUUGUUCACCUUUUUUCUAAGAAUACAAUUUUAGGCCAACGAGACCCUUGGACUUGCUCUCGAUGCGUCGGAUAUCGACUUUUAUUACGAUUUUUUCGUGAGUAAAGUCAACAAGUGAGUUUUAAGACUUAUGGACCAUUACAAUAACUGCAUAAUUGAAGAAAAAUGUUUCUAGAAACCCGACAGACGUCGAAUUGUUCGAUUUGGCGCAAUCGGACUCGGAACACUCGCGCCACUGGUUCUUCCGCGGCCAAAUUUGGAUUGACGAUCGAAAAGUCGAUAAAUCACUGAUGAGCACCAUCCGCGACACUCUUAACCAUUCGAACGACAACAGUUUGAUCGCUUUUUGUGACAAUUCGAGGUUGGUUUUAAUUGUUGACAAUUUAAUACAAAUUUUAAGAAAAUUCCAGUGCGAUUCGUGGCUUCGACAGUGUUUGGAGACUCCGCCCCGGGGACCCGUCGAUCGUUUCCCCGAUGGUCCCAAUUUCACUGCCUACACACUUGAUCUACUCGGCCGAAACGCACAAUUUCCCGACCGCCGUGUGUCCGUUUCAAGGAGCGACCACUGGUACCGGCGGAAGAAUCCGGGAUAUUCACGCGACCGGAAGGGGCGCCUAUGAGAUUGCUGGUACGGAUGCAAAUAUGCGACUGUACAAAGAAAGUGCUAGUUCUUCAGCCGCGAAAAACUCAAUUCUUUGAAAAUUUGAAUUCUGGAAGAACUCUCUUCUGUUCUCACUAUUUCAAAAGAGCGCAUUUACUCUGUUGUGUAUUUUUGCAGGAACCGUCGGCUACUCGUUCGGAAAUCUAAACUUGCCCGGCCUAAAUCUGCCCUGGGAGGACGACAGUUUCGAGUAUCCCACUUCGAUAAGUGAACCGGCAAGAGUGAGUUCAAAACAGUGAUCACUUCUGCGCGUCGCAGGGUUUUUCAUAGGCAACAUAAAAAGGACAAGAGCGAUACAUUGAUCUAACGUUUUUUUUCCUGUUGCAGAUAGCCGUAGAAGCGUCGAAUGGCGCGUCGGAAUAUGGUAACAAGUUUGGCGAGCCCGUAAUAUGUGGAUUUGCUCGUAGUUUCGGACAGAGAUUGCAAAAUGGAGAACGGUGUGAAUACCUGAAGCCCAUCAUGUUUUCCGGAGGAAUUGGAGCAAUUGGUAUCAGCUCUUUUCUACGUGCAUCCAAUCUCUGAAAAAUUUCCUAAAUUUCAGACGAAGACGAAGUCCGUAAGGAGCCGUGUACGCCCGCGCAAAAAGUCGUCAAAAUCGGCGGGCCGGUGUACCGAAUCGGCGUCGGCGGAGGCGCCGCCAGUUCGGUGUGCGUGCAGGGCAGCCGCGAGAAUCGCCUCGAUUUCGCGGCGGUACAACGUGGCGACGCGGAAAUGGGCGGAAAAUUGCACAGAGUGGUGAGGGCGUGCGCCGAACGCAACGAAGGGAACCCGCUGACCGCCAUUCACGAUCAGGGAGCCGGCGGAAACGGUGAGCUCUUUUUUUGGGGGGUGGGGGCACGGUCUCGAGCGCUGACAAUGGGCGCAAGUGCGCCCCGCCCAAUAGAGCGAUACAUUGGCACGAAAUUCAAAUUUUAACAGCAAAAUUUGUGUUUUUUGCCAGAUUUUCCACGAAAAACCGAUAAUUUCUCAUUUGUCUCUCGAUAGACCGAUUGUAUAGGCUAUUACGAAUUUUUUAAGCGCAAAAGCGUUGAAUUUGGUCAAGUCGCAAAUCACAUUUAUCCGUUUGAAUGUUUUUGGCUAAAACUGCGUGAAUUUCAGUUGCUUUACGGUAAUUUUCGCUGUUCGAGCGCUCAAAAUGCUUGUAUUCAAGUGAUUUAUCAUUCUCAAAACCAAUUCUGUCUGAAAACGGUCAAGAAAGCGCAAAAUUAGAAGUGCCUAUUUUAGGCGGCGAUCGGCGGCGAAGUCGAAAAAGCGAAGUUCGCGAAAAUUGCGCCAAAACGUCAUUAACUCUGAGAAUUAGUGUGUUUUCAUGUCGAACAAUCAUCUUAUAAGAUAAACGUCUUGAAUUUCUUGCAGGAAAUGUGAUAAAAGAGCUGGUGGAAGGAUGUGGAGUGACGGUGAGAAGUGGCGAAUUUCAAUUGGGCGACGAAAGUGUUUCGUUGCGCGAAUUAUGGACCGCCGAGUAUCAGGUACCCGUUUUUUUUGUGUGCGCUUACAAUAAUUUUGAGCUUAAAAUAGGAAAACGACGCGGCGCUCGUGGAUCCGACGCUUCUCGGCGUGCUCCAGCAAAUUGCGCGUCGCGAAAAGUGCCACGUGUCAGUGGUGGGCGAGGUCGCCGCGGCGCAACGAGUCAAACUGAUCGGAACGGACGGACAAGUGGCCGUCGACCUCGACACGCGAAAAUUGGGCGAACGCGAGAAGAAAGAGUUUCGGCUGAGCACGGUGCCACGUGGAUUCGGCAAAUUGGAAUUUCCCGAAGGACUGACGGCACGAGAGGCGCUCGGAAGAGUGCUGAAGUUGCCGGCGGUGGCCAGCAAGAGGUGAGCGCUUUUUUUUUGAAAAAUUAUUAGGAAAAGUGCUUAUAGAGCCUUAGAAUUUUCUUCCAGAUACUUGACGUGUAAAGUGGACCGAUCGGUGACCGGAUUGGUGGCCCAGCAACAGUGCGUUGGACCCCUUCACACGCCGUUGGCCAAUGUUGCUGUCGUCGCUUUGUCGCAUUUCGAUACGGUAGGUGCUGGGCGGUUGCAGCGUGUCUCGGUUGCGAAGUGUCCCUUAUCGUUGGUAUGA